AUGGUGAGACGGCGAGCGAAGGCGGCCAGGGGACGACGUGGGGCACGUGCGCUGCCGGCGAAAGCCGUCAGCUCUGAUGGCAGGCUGGCAUCACCGCGGUCAAUGAGGACCACGGCUGGCCUCGGUCGGAGCGAGCAGUGCAGGCUGGCGCUGUGUGGCGCAUCGGGGGCUGACAACGCGAGCCAGGGGGCGAUCUCAUGGUGGUGCGUGCCAGCUGAGUCGAGGGCGCCCGCAGCAAUAUGGUCUACUGAAAAUGAACCAGGGACUCACCUUCUGGUACUGGACGCGACGGGGCGUCGGGACCCACGAAGAGAGGCAGCGUCUCCUGACGCUGCGUCGACGGCUGCUGAGUGGGCGCCGGACAAGGCGCUGCGGUGUCAGACUCCUUGGGGGUGCCCAAGGAAAGCGGCUGCAGGACAGGCUGCACAGCCACCGCUUGGGAAGGCGGCCCGUCUGAGGGGUCGACGUCCAUCAGCUCCGAAGGCGGUGGCGACUGAAGAGGGACCGCAGGCGCCGGAGCGACCACCUGGGGCGCUCCCGGAUGAAGCUGCGCGGGAGGCAUCAACGGGACGGGCUGUCGGCGUGGUAGCGGCGACGGCUGCUGCUGCUGCCCUGGGGCCGGCAGCGAAGUCGGAAGGCGCGGCUGGAACCCGCCGCGGACCAAAUCUGUGGACAAAGAACGAGCGGCAGAAUCCGGGCGGCUAG